GUGUGUGUGUGUGUGUGUGUACUCCAGUGCUGCCAGUAUGGAGGGAGAUCCUCUCUCAGCCCUGUUUACUCCUGCUUUUAUGGUGGAUGUAGAGAAAGCGAAGAGGAAUGCCCAGAGGAUGAUUGAGCUCUGCCAGAAACUGGGAGUCCAGCUUCGUCCACACAUGAAGACCCAUAAAACCCUUGAGUGUGCUGACAUUAUGACGGGUGGAUCACAGAGGUGCAUAGUGGUUUCCACCCUGGCAGAGGCCUGUUUCUAUGCUGACCAUGGAUAUGAUGACUUCCUCUAUGCCUACUCUUUUCCCUUUGAUAAGGUAGAGCGUUGUGCAGCCCUGUCAGAGAGACUGGAUCUCUUCCAGAUUUUAUUGGACCAUCCUGAUGCUUUGGAGCAGCUCCGAAAAAGACCCCUGAAAGAUGGUCGGCAGUGGCACGUCUGGCUCAAACUCAACUGUGGCAAUGGGAGAGCUGGCAUCCUGCACUUGGAGCCAGGAGCGCUCAAACUGGCUGAAGCCAUCGCUAAGACGGAGGGCGUGGAACUUACAGGAGUGUACGCCCACUGUGGGAAUACCUAUUACUGCACAGGAGUUGAGCAAAUACAGGCUGUUGCCCAGGAAACCACAAAACUGACUCUGCAGUUCAUGGAAAAACUGAAGGCUGUUGGCAUCACCUGUAAGUCCAGCAUUGGCUCCACCCCUACCUGUAGCCAUCCAGUCAAAGACAUGGCGCAGCUGAGCGAGGUCCACCCAGGAAACUACGUCUUCUUUGAUGUGCAGCAGUCUACGAUUCGCUCAUGCUGUCCGGAGGACGUGGCUGUGAGGGUUCUCACAAGAGUCAUCGGUCACUGUCCACACAGGAACCAGCUCCUGAUUGACUGUGGAUGGCCUGGAAUCAGUUUGGACGGAGCUGGAAAACUUCCCACUGGAUACGCUGUGAUCGAGGGGCAUCCAAACCUCAAGUUGUUGUCUAUGACCCAGGAGCAUGGACGAGUGGAGCCCAUCUCAGGACAACUGGACUACAGCAAGUACCCCCUGGGCUCUCUGCUCACACUGAUUCCCUACCACUCAUGUGCAACAGCAGUGAUGCAUCCUGUGUACCAUGUACACUCCAAGGGUCGUCUGGUAGGGAAGUGGACGCCCACUCGCAGGUGGUGAAGAGCUGGACGAUGUUUCCCCCUUCUUGUCUCUUUGGGACAGAUGAGAUAUAUAGAGACUCAUUCCAAAUUCUUUACACAUUAGAAACACAUACAGCGAUUCCUUCUUUGUUAGUGAGAUGUGCCAUCUUGAUGGUAAAACAUAUAAUUAAUGAAAAUAUUCUUACUGUGGGCUUCAGAAGUUUCAUACUGUAACAGAAACCCUGUUCCACUAAUAUUAUGUCUAUGUUAAUUUUUGUGUUCUGCACUUGUUUUGUCACUUUUUCACUGCCUACAAGGAGACCUAGCUAGUGAUGACUUCAUAGAAAGUCAUAUCACUUGUGCUAUCAGCUAUUAAUACCAAUGCUAAUAAAUGCUAAUGAAUGACCUUUUAUAUACAACUGCAAACAUUUUGCAAACAUUAUUCAAUUCAAUUCAAUUCAAUUUUAUUUAUAUAGCGCCAAAUCACAACAAAAGUCGCCUCAAGGCGCUUUAUAUUGUACAGUAGUAUUAUCAAAAUAAAAAUUUUCUUUGUCCCCUUUAAUCUUCUAUUUUUUUGUAAGACUCCCAAUCUAAUGACUUGCUGGUCAUGAGCAAACCUGUGGUGUUACGGUUUGGAGGAGGACUCAAGCACAGGACUCCGGUUCUGAUGCUCACAAGAAGGGUUUAUUUACAAUCCACCAGGUGUAUAUACAAGAAUGUGCGGGGGGGGGUUGCUAUAUACAGCUGAGUGAGGGGAGAAGGGGUCUCCAGGGAAGUCCAGGGGAAAGCACGCGUUCUUCAGAAUAUCCACUCACACGAUCACAGGCUCACACUCCGACACUGCCACACGGGAAUCACACAGGGGGAAAAUCCAGGGAGCUCUGUAGACAGGGAGACAGGGUUAAGUACGACGCACACAGGAAAACACUCUUAACUAACUUGCUGUAGCUUGGCUUCACUAACGCGUGGUAGACAACGAUCCAGCGACGAACAGCAGUCACCUCCUGGCUUAAGUGCUGAUCACCUUAACGAGACCCAGGUGUCUCAUCUCCCGAGGGCGUGGGCCGAGGGCGUGAACCCACAGUGAGUUCCGCCCCGGCGAGAGAGAAGAGGAGAGAGGAAGAGAGAGAGUGCUGAUCAGCGUGCAGCUGAUCCGCCUGGCCGUGACA